AUGCUACUGACGACGCAUUUCAUGGAUGAAGCUGGUGUUUUGGGUGACCGCGUGGCGAUUAUGAGGGCAGGAGUCGUGCAAGCUUGUGGGACGCCAAAUUUUCUGAAACGUCGAUUUGGCUGUGGCUACGUGCUGACCGUGGUCAUGCGCGAGCGCGGCGACAGCCACGAGCCGGUAAAGCAGCUGAUUUCUUCUUUACUUCAGGGCGGCGUCGAAGUUUCAGGAGUUGGCAAGGAGAUACUGGCAAACGUGCCCAUGGAGAAGGAAACGGAGCUGUCUGCUUGCUUAGCAGCACUUUCUGAGAAGAAGGCAGAGCUUUCAGUGGCAACCUUCGGCGUGUCGGUGUCAAACCUUGAGGAGGUUUUCCUCAAAGUUGCCAGCGGAGACCACGGAAGCAAGGAUGCGCAGAAAGAAACGGAGAGCUCCUUCCAAGCUGCCGUGCAAGAGCAGCCUGAGGUGUCGCACGGACCAGCUUUCGUAAUGCCAAAUCCAGGUGGCACAGUCAUGCAGCAAAUACGAGCACUCAUUGAACGUCGUGCUGCUACUGCUCUGCGAGACAGGAAGAUGUUCUUUCUGGGCUGCCUGUUGCCGGUAGUGGGCGUUUUCCUCGCAACCUCUUUGGGAGCUUUGCUGGUUUCCUUGGGAUCUGCGCCGCCGGGUCCAGGAGUCCCUGUUCCGAUCGAGCUGGCCAACUUGAAAGCAACUGUGGCCACCACGCAGCAAGACGCAGCCGCUUGUUUGGCAGUCGGUCGCCGCAUUGAGCCUGCAAGAGUCGGUCUCAAGUUGAUGCUAUAA